AUGGCUCUUGAAUCACGGGUCACCCAGGAGGAGAUUAAGAAGGAGCCGGAAAAGCCCAUCGACCGGGAAAAGGUAAAGAUAUGAGGGCUUUGUUCGGGUUGUUUGUUUUGAGCAGCAGCGUGAGCUAACCAGUAUGGAUGCAUGCGGGUUUACAGGAGGAAAAUGUUCAUUUAUUCACCAAAAUAUUUACAGUAAGGUAAAAAUUUGGUAGAUUACUGCCUUCUUAUUCUCUUCAAGAUGUUGUAUUACGAAUUAAAGACACUAUAGGGAACAGAGGUGCAGCCUCAUACACAGAAACGCUGGUGCUCAUCAAUCAGCUGAUAUUUAACUCUAAACAGCUUAUUAAUGUAAAAAAAAAGCAUUUUACAUCCUCAAACUUGCAGUUUAUUUUAAUAUUUGUUCAGCUAUCUGAUGUAUACCAACAUAACUCAAAUAAGUGUCCAAUUUAAAGUUAUAAUUCCGUGUUGUGGUCACUAGAGGGCAGGCACAUUCACACAAAAGCCACAUUUAAGUUUCACUGUUUUGUUUUUUCCCUGUUGUUUUCUAUAGACCUGCCCCCUACUCCUGCGUGUGUUUACCACCAACUGUGGACGGCACCACAGACCAGAUGAGUUCGCCCGUGGAAAUGUGCCCUCCAGCGAACUCCAGAUUUACACAUGGUGAGUAUCCAUAAACCUCUCCUUCUUUGUUUUGCUUUCGUUGCAAGUCAGGUAUUCACCUUUGAUUUUGUGCUCAUCUCAGGAUGGAUGCGACCCUGAAGGAGCUGACCAGCCUGGUGAAGGAGGUAUAUCCAGAAGCCAGGAAAAAGGGGACCCACUUUAGUUUUUCCAUCGUCUACCCAGACACCAGAGGGAAAGUCUACAGGUUGGUAUCACACCACGAGGGAUGGAAAUUGAUAAGAUUUUAUCAAUAUCGAUGCCAUUAUCGACUCAAUUCUUUAACGAUUCCCUUAUCAAUGCCUUUCUUUAAUUAAAAAAAAAAGAAAGUAGACUAUAGGUUUUCACCGUUAACUCAAAAUUUUAUUAAGUCUCUGAUAACAGAAACAGAUUAUGCCACCUUCAGUGAGAAUCUAAAAGUAAUCAAACAAAAAUGCUUUUUGUACAGCGUUUCUGGCAUGCAUUGUGCUGAUGCGAACACAGGACAUAUGUUAGGGUGACCAUAUUCUGAAUCCCCAAAAAGAAGACCUACGUGGGGUGGACUUGAGUGCGAAAUUUUGAGUUUUUUUUUUUUUUCUUCUCGGAAAGGUCGAGUGUUUUCUACGCGCUUCUAACUCAGUUAAACGCAUAUUAUUCUGGAUUCCCAAAGACAGCAGUGCAUGCUGCGUCGCGUCAGUGGUGGCUUUGCUUAGAAGUGAUUGGAGGAGCAGAAGUGCAGAGAGCACUGAUGCGCUGCACUGUUUUAUAAUCAGUGAAUACAUGUUCCAGACAUUUGAAGGAUUUUAUAAACUCCUCCCGGACAACCCCCCAAUAGAUGACAUGUCAGGGUAAAAAAGACGUUUGGUCAACCUGACAUACGUACCUUCCAUGCUGUGCUGAGACGGAGCUGCAGCAGCUGACGAACCGGUGUUGUUAACAGGUGUUGUGCAGUAGAAUGCACCCCUGACGGGAGCGCGGUUGAAAGUACAUAACAGGGCGAAAUAAUCCUAGUUUUCCUUACUAUUGGGUGGAUUCAAAAGCUGGUGGCUUUAAUGAUUUAAUUCAGGCUAUUCAGAUAAGCUGAAAACAAUAGCCCUCUGAUUCAGAAUAUUAGCAGUUGCGAAAGUAUAAUGUUCUCUACCUUGACGGGUUACUGUAGAGUUUAUACCACCAAGUACACUUAUAUGUGUGCAUUUUUGAGAGACAUAGAAACAGAACGAAAGUUUGCUGCUCCAUUUGACAUGUUUUAAUGAUCCAAUACUCGUGUUUUUUUUUUUUUAUAUGACAUCAUUUUCUUUCCCUUCAGAAGCUAAUGAGUGGAUGGGAUGCAGGGGGUGCAUUCUACGGCAGGGGUGCAUUCUUACGGUAUAACACCGGCGGAGAGUAUUGAAUACAUGUGACUCCUUGUAUUUGAUACUGUGCUCCAUUGACAAAUGUUUAAGUAUGUUGCUGGUGUUUCCACCUUAGCAUGUUAUCACUGCUUGACAAACGCUGCACUGUUGUCACAUUUCUUAGAAAAAUUAAGCCACGCUUAAGCUCGUUUCUGCCUACUUUUCGUUCCGUCCGCCAUGUUGUUUUCUCUGUCUCUGUUCGCGUAGAGUGGCACUCGUGAGACCGUUUUUAAACGCACCCGGAAGAAAGGAAUCGUUAAGGGAAUCGUUAAAAUAAAAUGUAAAUGAUGUCGAUGGAUUGAACCAGUUGGAACUGGUUCUAAACAAGAAAACACACCACAGUGCUACAAGUCUGGUUCAAGGAGUGGGCCUCAUAUUCUUUAUUUGUUUCAGGUUGAAGGAUAUAGGAAACACUAUAUCUGGAAGGAAGGGCACUGAUGAUUCCAUGACGUUGCAGUCUCAGCGCUUCCAGAUCGGAGACUACCUGGAUAUAGCUAUCACACCGCCAAACAGAGCCCCGCCCCUUGGCGCACGCAUGAGGCCCUUCUAA